GGGCGUGGAGCGGGGCUGGGCGCUGGGAGCGCGACGGGUGCGGGCGGAGCGAGGCCUGCGGGGGGAGGGCCGGCCCGCGGCGGCGGGAGGUCCCUGCUCCGGCGCUGAGGCUCGGUGGCGGCGCCGGGAGCGGCGCGCCCGACCCGAAACGCUGCCCCGCUCCGGCCGCCCCGGCGCUUGCCCGUGUACCGACAGGCCGCCGGGGCGGACCGAAGGCGGCGGAGCGCGCAGCGCCGCCCCGGCCCCGCGGGCGAGGAGGGAGCGGAGCUCCGCCGGUGCCGGAUCCCGGCUCGCUGUUCCCCUGCCCCUUCGUCCCCGCGGCGGGAGGCGGCGGGGCCGGGAGCGCCCGUGCUGCGGCCGCCCUCGGGGCCGUGCCCCGGGGGAGCUCCACGUCAGCCCCGGAAGGGCCCGGUGGCCCGUGGCCGCCGUGCCAGGCGGCGCUUGGCGCUGGCUCGUAGGGCUGGCAGCGCCGACCGAGCCGCAGCCUCCGGUGCUGGUGUCUGCCCGGUGCUGUCAAGGCUUCAGCCCGGUGUCCGCCUCGGUCCUGCACCCGUACUGAGCGGGGUUACCUGUGUGGCCGGCCUCAGAAAGCACCGGCUUCGCGGCUUCCUUAGAGGGGUUGCAGGAUGGGGGGGGGGGGGUUGUCUUCUGAACUUUUCAUCCUUCUCUGUAGUAACAACCUUGGUAAUCGCUGCAGAGUUUGGAGGUGAGCCCCGGUUUCCGAUGGCUGCACUGUUGAAUCGCUACAUAGUUUUGGAACAGCAGAAAAAAGGAGAUUUUGGGGGUUCCUCUUAAGUCUUCAGCAGUAGCUUCCGAGCAUCUGGCCUGCCCUGUCUCGAGGCCUGAGGCCGGGUCUUGCAGUGCACACUGGCAGCUGAGCCAUGGACAAGCUCAAGACUUCUGUUGAUGCACACGUUUGUAUUUCAGGGCUCUUAGCCUAAAAACUGUGCCAUGAUGCACUGUGUCUCUGUUUUCCUGCAACACUUAGAAAGCAUGCCCUGGCACUGUAGGAUGUUAUGCCUGCUCAAUGUUAACCUUUCUCAAACGUCUUGCUUUCGCUACGAGGAACAAACAUCAUGUUACGCUUUGCAGUGAUUUAUUUGUUUCCUCUUCAGAUACCUGAAAGACAGUAGAAAUUCAAUAUAUGUUUGCGGUUUAGGCUUUGCAACUCUCUCUGCUGGAAAGGCUGCACCUUUGGAGGCCGGAGGCUUAAAGCUGCAUAACACUUUAAAGAGAGGCUAAUGUUGACUGUGCAGGUAAAGGCAGGGCAGUGAGAUACUUGGCAUUUAUUAUUCUUGUCUGAAUCUGGUCAAGUCCAUCUGUAGGUAGGUGCUGAGAUCUCUCCAAGGCUGCUCCGUCCCUGAGGGUCAGGCUGGCCAUGGGUGUGCUGUUGUGCAGCUAACCCAGCUGACCAAAUAGCCAUUGAGAAAAUAAAACCCCAGGGUAAAGCAGCUGCACAUCUGUGGCAUGGCACUACUGUCCGUUGAAGAUUCGGCGGGGAUCUGACUCUUCCCUGCUUCACCCCAGCAUGAGUUUCAGAAGAAGCUUUGCUUGCACCUCCCCAGGGUAAAAGGUGCCUGCAUCCAAGAGCAGGUGUGCAGCUGAGACAGAAGGGAAAAGUCAACCUUCCCAGACACGAGUCAGCUCAGUGGUCACACAACUAACUAACUUUUAAUUCUUGGGAAAUUUGGCAUUCAAACCCUGGUAAUCAGGGCUGCAGAAAGGCUGGGGACAAGCGGGUGGCAGCGCAGCCGGUGGGUGUAUGUGUGUGCAGGCAAGCAGGGAAGCUUUAUCCCGAGGGACUUGCAGGACAGAUGCUGGGGACCUCCUCUUCAUCAAGUUUGCCUUCUGGAGCUGGGGCUUGCACUGGCACAGAAAAAAGUGGUGAAGAAAAGCCUGCUGCUUGCCCUAAGGCUAAUGGUUGGGUACCUUCACCUGGGUUGUAGGAAACUUGAGUUCAUGCUCUUCCUCCUUCUCAGACCUUAAAUCCACUCUGGCCUGAAGGGAGCUCGGGUGUGUGCAAGUGCUGCCUUCUUUCUCCUCUCUUGAGGCUAUUCCAUUUUGUAUAUAGUAUUUUCUGGGCCAGAGAGUGGAGGAGCUAAGGACAUAAUUCUGGUGAUGAUGAAGGUUGCUCCAGGCUCUCAUCUGUGGUUCUGUAGAUGUUACUGUGUGCGGAGUUAUGGAGUAGAAGUGUUACAGCAGCGAUGCCUGGUUAAAGGUUACAGCUAAAUACUUGAAGACUUUAGGCAUUGCAAGGGUUCAGCAGCUGCUGAAGAAAGGAUGGCUGAUGCGAAAUUUGGACAGAUGCCUAAACUGGCAGGCUGAAGUGAAAUUCCUUUUGGAGGCCUGGCUGUAUAACAAAAUAUGCAGCUCUUCACACAAAUGCAUGUGUCCAACUGGCUGAGUAAGGUUUCGAGAGUCAACCCACUGAUGGGCAAAACUUGGAGCCUGUGGUGCUGCAUGACAGUCCUCUGCAGCUGUAGCUCUGGGCUGAGUGUUCCAGUUACGGUGUCUUCCCCCUAGGAGUGUGCUUCCCGCUGCAAAACAAGGGGUGUGGGCAGGGGAAGGAUGCUUGCAGACCCACGAGUAAUCUCACUGAAGCUAUCCUAGCUCGCAGGGGAACAUCGCUGUGUCCACACAGGCACAAUUGCAGAAUCGGGGCUUGCAAAAUGACUUGCAGCUGUGGCUGGCGCACAGUGCAAUAGCCGGGUAGGUGGAAGCAAGCUGCAGUUUUGGAAAAGGGGACUUCUAGUGCCCCCACGCAGCUCACAGUGCUUGUGCUUUGUAUGGAAACCUCCAAGCCAAGCAAACUUUGUGGUGCUGCUCUAUUUUAGAAAUAGCAAAGGCUGAGUCAGCCCAGAUGAGAUUGUUCCAGGGACUUUCUGGAGGAGAUGAAACCAUUCCGUUUUCCUGAUAUCCACAGAAAUGAAAAGGGGUAAAGGCAGAGAGGAAGCUCACAUGAUUGCAGUGCUGUGAAUUUGCUUCCACUGAUGCGCUCCCUUUCCCUGUCCCCCUGCAAAGCCACCACUUGAAUGAACUUCUUCCAAGUGGUGUAAGAAAUGUUCAGAGGAACCACUUCACCCCAGCCUGGCCCUGAGAAGUGAAGGGAACUCCAUUCCCGAUGCAAAAUCACAGGUCUAGGAAGAUACCUGAACCUUUCCCUCUCAUUGAAUGGAUUUUUAUUUUUACCUUGUGCAAAAACUAUUGGAGAGUAACACAUCUUGUAGGCCAGGUGAGUGUAAAGGUCUCAUCUCAGUGGGUGUGUAACUUGAGCAGCUGCGUUGCGUAAGCUGCGAGCAUGACAGGCCGCAGCCCCAUUGGGAAAAUCCCCUCUGGAGAGGCAGAAAGAGGAGAAGGCGGUGGACUCAGCUGUGGAAAUGGGGAGCAUGUUUAGUACAGAAAAGCUGCAAGUUCGCAGCAGGACCUGGAUAAAAAAGGCGUAGCUAGAGAUGGAGCCAGACCCGAGCUGUCAGGGAGGUUGACUUUUGUGAUCUUGGAGGAAAUUGCUGGAAAACUAUUGUUUGGAAGGAUGACCUAUUGCUUUCCCUGGCAACUCUUUUCUCCUACCUGACAGGGUAGAGACUAGCAGCUGUGUGCUUUGUGUAUGCCCUUGUGGUGUAAGUGAGCAGGAUUUCAGCUGGAUUUCACCCUGGCCCUUCUGCCUGUGCUUGCCUCCUGCUCGCCAGCUGGACCCUGACCUGCAGCUUGCUUUUCAGCGUCUUCUCUGAAAUGGGUUUCCAGGUGCGGGUCUACCGCUGAUCAGUAAAUAUGUAUUUUUCAAAAAAGCCCUGCUGUAAAGGCAAUUUUUUCAAAGCAUAAGGAGCCUGGAUGAAGCUACCCUUGAGCCCCAGGGUGCUGAUGAUAUCUCCAUGGAGCUGCUGCCCACAGACAGGCACUGCUGGCGUGGAGCCACGUGCUGCAGUAAGAAGCCAUCCUGGCCAGACUCCCCAUCCUGCUAUCCCUCCAGAAAAUGGGAGGCUGUGGGGGAACAGCUUGCAUUGGGAAUGCCGAGCUGACAUGAGCAGGGCAGGUAUGGGACAGUGUCAUCUCCAGACCUAAAGGGCAGGCUCUGCAGCACCAACGGUUUCCCUGCAGUAGUUAUCAACGUGGGCAUCCUCAGUUCUGCUUGCCGUAACUUUCCAGCCCACCAAGGAAGCACAGGGCUAUGGUGGGGACCUGCCGGCCUCGUGCGAUGAGCUGCUGCUUGCCAAGACUCCCGGUGAGCUUCCCAGGAUGCUGAGCUGCUGCUUGGGAUCCUGACUGCUCCCAUUUCCUCACUCUGCUGCUGGCAGCGUGGAGUCAAUGUCCAGUUUGGGGUGCUGGGCAGAGCCAAGCCUGUUACUAUCCUCUGUGCUCUCGGUGGACUGGGAGGCCAGGCUGGACCCCCCACUCUAAAGGGGGCUCCACGUGAGCAAGGGACAGGUUUUGGGCUCUCUGUCAUCGCUGUGCUGGGAAGAGCCGUCUCCUUCCUCCUGUCUGGCUGGGACCAGCGUCACUGCUGGAAGCAGGGGAUGGCGCUGCAUGGACCAAUGGCUGGGGCUGGUGGCUGGUCAGCAGAGCCCUAGAGCACUAGUGGAGUCCGAGCACCACCGCAGGGCUGGGGGCUGCCAGGGGGGCUGCCAGCACCCCUGCAGCGGCUGCGCCCCAGGGAUGUAGGUGCUGGGCGCAGGACAGGCUCUGGGAGCAAUGGGCCGGCUGGAUGACCACGCCAAGAGGAGGAUCGUGGAGCUGCGCAGGGCCGGGCUGAGCUUCCGCAAGAUCAAGAAGGUGCUGGAGCUGGAUGGCAUCCGGGUGACACCGCAGGCCGUGUACCUCUUCCUCAAGCGGAAAAGCGUGGAGCCCGUGGUGGCGGCGGCCAGCUGGGAUGGGGAGCAGCCCUGGCCCCCACUGCGGGGGCACGAGGCUGAGCCACCCAAGCCGCUGGGUGCCUGCCCCACCGCAGUGCCCGGCAGGGGUCCCACGGGCAGCCGAGCACUCUGCCCCGCUGGCGGCCAGGACACCAAGGAGGGCAUCCAGAUCGUUAGCGUGGCCUCACUCUGCCAGGGCAGCGGGCAGCUCGGGGAGGCCCUGCCUGUGGGGCUGGGGCUGCCCCCCGGGAACGGUGAUGACAGCUGCACAGGUGCCCCCGUGGCCCUGGGGAGCAGCUCCCCUUCGGGGGGCACGGCCGCCCCGCCACAGCCCCUGCCCAGCCGAGGGCGGCUGGUCGCACCCUCUGCCAGGAACCCAGCCCUGAUGGUGAAGAAGAAGAUGAUCAUGGACAGGGCUAUCCUGCAGAAAAAGGUCAAAGAUGCCAGCACUCAGACUGCCCUGCUGAACGCCAUGAGUCCUGGAAAUCAAAACCUUGCUUGGGGCGGACCAGUGCUUCCCCCUGCUCCCAGCUCCCACGCCAUUGCUGAAAAGCUGGAUGCUGUACAGACAGAGAUCCAGAAGCUGAGCCAGGCUCUGCAUGCAGUGCUGGAGAGGCAAUGCCACCUGGAGCGCCAGCAGGAGCACCAGCAGCGGCUGCAGCAGGAGGUGCUGAUGACACUGCAGCAGCUCAGCUCCACUGUGAGCCACGGUGCUGUGCCAGCAAACCAGCCCUGCAUCCCCUUCAGCAGCAUGGCCGAGCCCUCGCCCACCAUGCCAAACUUCAGCCAGUUCAAGAUGGAGCUCAUCUGACCUGGCGCAUCGCCAGCAUGCCCUAGCAGCAGUAAGCUGAUGGCAGGAUGAAGCUGUGAAGAGCCACCUCUCGAAGGCUGUGGCAGCUGCCUAAGGAUUGUGUGGGGCACCCUGCAGAGAAGGUCACUGGUGCCUCAUGUUUUCAGCCCUGCUGACUGAAAGGGGCUGCCUGCUGUGAGAGGCAGGGCAAUGGAAAGCUGAGGCUUCACUUCUCCCGUGCUGCCCAUCCCAGCUGGUGCUGGAGCUGGUUGGUGGCUCAUGGACUUGAGCAGUGCAGGCAGGCUGCCUGAGAGUAGAGGAUGCAACAAAGCGAUACAGCAUAUAGGUGGGUCUCAAAGAAAAUGCCUCUUACAAGGGUCAGUGCCGUGAUCCUCAAUCACACAAACGCUUUGUGCUCUCCCUCUGUAGAGCCUUUUCAGUAAAAAUCUAUAUACACCAUGGUUCAGAAACA